CUCUGUGUGGCGAUUUGUUUAUCACGUUUGUUUUUUUUAUUUUGAGGUUUGGCAUGUCCAAAUUUCGGUUUAGAUUAUCACGUUGUCUUUUUUAAGCAUUAAAUAUAUUUUACAAUAUAUUUAAGAUAUUCAUUUCAAAACUUACAACCAAAAUGUCCAAACCUAUAACUUUUGUCACCGGUAAUGCAAAAAAGUUGGAAGAACUUGUUGCGAUAUUAGGAGAUAAGUUUCCGCGUAAGGUGGUAAGCAGGAAAAUUGAUCUACCAGAAUUGCAAGGUGAAAUCGAUGACAUUGCUAUCAAGAAAUGUAAGGAAGCGGCUAGGCAAGUGGAUGGCCCUGUACUAGUUGAGGAUACGUGUUUGUGUUUCAACGCACUUGAUGGAUUACCAGGGCCCUACAUUAAAUGGUUUCUCGAAAAACUACAACCCGAAGGUUUGUACCGUAUGUUAGCGGGAUGGGAGGAUAAAAGUGCGAAAGCAAUAUGCACGCUAAGUUUUGCUGAGAACGCCAACAGCGAACCAAUAGUUUUUCAAGGUGUAACUGAAGGUAGUAUUGUGGAACCAAGAGGUUGUCGUGAUUUUGGUUGGGAUCCAGUUUUCGAACCUAAGGGCUACCAAUUAACCUAUGCAGAAAUGCCAAAGGAAGAGAAAAAUAAAAUAUCACAUCGUUAUCGUGCAUUAGCUGCAAUGCAAGAAUAUUUUAUUGCUGAAAAAUAAAAACUUGAGUUGUAAUUAAAAGAGGAAAUAAAGUCUCUUUAUCUUAUGAAA